AUAAGGAACCUUCUUCCCCUAUUCCCCAAUUUUACUCCAUGGUUAUCCUCCUCUUUCAUCAUUGUUGGAUUCGUGUUGGAGCCAGUGAGGUUCCACAGCGUUUAUUUGUAGCCGACCACCACCUUCUCUUUGUGUAACCUCGUGUCCUUCCCCCAUCUCUUCCUCCGGUUUCUGGUACCCUUCCGGCGACAGUGAUUUAUGAUAAGAAGGACCAUGGACCCACCACCAUCCUGAAGCACUUGCUCCGGCACCCUGUAUUCCACUAUCCCAAUUCAAUCAUCACCCCAGUCGCAUCCCUCCUCUAUUAAAACCGCGUCACCCUUUUUACCCCACAAGCAACUCUCAAACUUUCAUCUCAAUCCUCAAGCAUGGGUGGCGAUUCUCUCCUCUUCCUCUCUUUCCUUCUCCUCCUAUCUUCUGCAACUGCUUGUGAUAGGUGUGUGCAUCAAUCCAAGGCUGCCUACUUCGCCUCCUCCUCAGCUCUCUCUGCCGGAGCCUGUGGGUAUGGAGCUAUGGCACUGGACUUCAAUGGAGGCUAUCUUGCUGCCGCCAGCUCUGCUCUCUAUAGAGGAGGGGUUGGCUGUGGAGGCUGUUUCCAGAUAAGGUGCAAGAACUCCAAGGUCUGUACCAGCGGAGGAGUUAAGGUAAUCGUGACGGACCUCAACAAGAGCAACCGCACGGAUUUCGUGCUUUCCACCCCGGCUUUCACGGCCAUGGCGAAAGAGGGGAUGGGCCUGGAAUUGAAGCGGCUUGGAAUAGUGGAUAUGGAAUACAAAAGGAUCCCAUGCGAGUACAGGAACAAGAACUUGGCCAUCAGAGUGGAAGAGAAUAGCCGAAGGCCAAACUAUCUAGCCAUCAAAUUCUUGUACCAGGGUGGUCAGACAGACAUCGUGGCCGUCGAUGUGGCUCAGGUUGGGUCGUCAAAUUGGAGGUAUAUGACCCGAGAUUACGGGGCGGUCUGGAGCACGAACCGGGCGCCGGUCGGACCGCUGCAGUUUCGGAUGGUGGUGACGGGCGGCUACGAUGGGAAGUGGGUGUGGGCCCAGAAGGAGGUCCUGCCGGUCGAGUGGAAAACCGGUUCAGUCUACGACUCGGGGGUUCAGAUUGUUGACAUCGCCCAAGAGGGCUGUUCUCCUUGUGACGCUCGGGACUGGAAGUGAGGCUCAGUUUUUUUUUUAAAAAAAGGAUUUCAUGAGAGAGGAGACUAACUUUUUUGGGGGAUAGUAUAAUCUCUGUCUCUGUCUCUGGCUCUCUCUCUCUCUCUGUUUUUUUUCUUGUAUAUUGCUAAUUGAAUGAUGAUGCAACGGUUUAAAAUAAGUGGGGAAUGAUGAUGCAAUGUUUCAAAAUAA